AUGGCUGAUAUUUUCAACACCUCCAGUGCUCAGUCCGAGCUACUACAGAAAUGGCAUUCCAGCACUUCUCAGCCUCAAGGCGCUCUGCUGGGACUUGCUCCGGGCUGGUCAACCUGGCAAUACGUUGUAGCUUUUCUGCUUGGUGUGGUGCUCUAUGACCAAGUCAUGUACAUCAAACGAAAGGGCUCCAUUGCUGGACCUCCGUUGAAGAUUCCGCUUAUGGGCCCCUUCCUCCAAGCAAUCCAUCCAAAGUUCGAGUCGUAUCUUGCGCAGUGGGCCAGUGGGCCACUCAGUUGUGUAUCCAUCUUCCACAAAUUCGUCGUUCUCGCCUCCGACCGAGACCUUGCCCACAAAGUGUUCAAGUCGCCCUCAUACGCUGAACCAUGCAUCGUGCCGAUUGCAAAAGACAUCAUAGGCCAUAAAGCAUGGGUUUUUCUUCAGGGCAAAGCCCACGCCGAGUACCGUCGGGGAUUGACUCCUUUAUUCACCAACAAAGCUAUGGCUACCUACCUCCCAGUCCAAGAAAAGGUAUUUGCCAACUACUUUGACAAGUUCGUUGUCGCCAGCAAGGCAAACCAGGGGCGGCCAAUUGAGUUUAUGCCUCUUUUUCGUGAGAUAAACUGUGCCCUGUCGUGCCGCACCUUCUUUGGAGAUUACAUCUCGCAAGACGCGGUGAAGAAAAUCGCCGACGACUUCUACUUUGCGACUGCAGCCCUUGAGUUGGUCAACAUCCCCCUGUCAAUGUACAUCCCCUUUACCAAGCCCUGGUUGGGGAAGCGGGCGGCAGAUGCCAUCCAUGUGGAGUUCGCCAAAUGUGCAGCCGCUUGCAAGGCUAAUAUGGCGACGGGCGCAACACCCACAUGCAUCGUGGACCACUGGGUGCUCCAUAUGAUGGAGUCGGAGCGGUAUCGCGGGAGAGUCACUGCGGGCGAGAAAGACGCAGAGAAGCCAACAAAUCUAAUUCGCGAAUUCACGAGCGAAGAGAUCGGCGAGACGCUAUUCACUUUUCUCUUUGCAUCGCAGGACGCUUCCAGCAGCGCCACAACCUGGUUAUUCCAAGUUCUCGCCCAGCGACCCGACGUGCUCGACAAAUUGCGAGAAGAGAACCUAGCUGCACGGGGAGGCGAUAGGACCAAGCCUUUUGAUCUGCCGAUGCUGGAAUCACUCUCCUACACCAAUGCCGUCAUCAAAGAGCUCCUCCGCCACAGACCCCCUGUCAUCUUUGUCCCCUACCUAGCCACCAAGAGCUUCCCGCUUACUCCCAACUAUACUGUUCCCAAAGGGUCCAUGCUCAUUCCAUCCUGCUACCCCGCUCUCCAUGACCCGGAUGUGUACCCCAGCCCCGAUGUGUUUGAUCCUGAUCGUUGGCUUUCUGGAGAUGCCGAGUCCAAAACCAAGAAUUGGCUUGUUUUUGGUGCGGGACCGCAUGAUUGUCUCGCGCGAAGGUAUGUGCCGCUCUCGAUGGCAGGUAUGAUCGGGAAAGCUGCGUUGGAGCUUGAUUGGAAGCAUCAUGCUACAGCGAGGUCGGAAGAGAUUAGGGUAUUUGCGACGUUGUUUCCAAUGGAUGGGUGCCAAUUGGUUUUUACGAAACGCCCUUAG